AUGGUGGAGAACAUCAGCCACCAACCUAAACACGAAAGUUACUACUGGGAUUCUGUGGUCUUUUCGGUGGACAAUGUCUUAUUCAAAGUUCCGAAGUAUCAUUUUGUAGAAGGGUCGGAAUGGUUUUCGACGACGUAUGGUCUCAACGACGUGGCCAGGACCCUGGCGAUGGACGCUGGUUCUUCUAGCAACGGAAUCAUCACCCUGCCCCAAGUUUCUUCUUCAGACUUUUGUAGCUUUUUGGAGGUGUUGUAUCCCAGGACAAUUCAAACGACUCUUACCCUUUGCAAAGCCAAAUGGUUAUCCAUCCUCAAGCUCUCCAACCAGUGGCGCUUUGCCCAAAUUCGAACCUUCGCCAUCAACCAGCUUAGCCUUUGUUCCCUGUCAGCGCCUGAGCGAAUAUGCCUCGGAAAGCAAUACCACGUCUCCCCGUGGUUUUUGGGAGGCUGUGACGAGUUGGUCAGGAACGAAGAGACGAUAUCCAUGGAGACGGCGCAGGAGAUCGGCACCGACUGUGCGGUGCAGCUGUUCAUAUGCCGUGAGCGCCGCCUUUACGCGGCGGACCCAAAUUACCUCCAGAAGGUCUUCGCCAAAGAACUGGCGGCCAUCUCCGACUGGGAGAAGGAGUUUUCGAGUCCAGUAUCUGUUGUCGACCGGGAUGGAUCCAAACGUCAGGACGAGGAGCACACCAGGUCGUCUGUGGAGGUGGAGAGGAUGCUCACUCAGGAGGACUCGAGGGCGGACGACAGUGGUCAAUGGACUGAUUCCACCCUCCACUCCGAUACCGAUUCCCAAGGCGACGUGUCUAUGAGUGAUGCAGAGGCCAAAGCAGAUGCUUGUCUCAAGCCCGGUCAAAAGCUAUCACCCAACGACGGCUCCGAGCUCGCUGAACGCUACCGCCAAGAACGGGACCAACUAGCUGCAGAAGCCGAAGAACUCAAAGCUCAGGAAGAAGCCCACCACCAAGAACGCGAACGUCUCACCGAGGAGAUCGAAACUCUACAAGCCAAAGUUCAAGAUACGCUGCAACAGCUCGUCAAAGAACACCUCGCCCACUCUCAGACCAUCUCCGACCAUAAACUGCGGCUUCAGCGGAGCGAAGAGGCGGCAUCGAAGUACCGGGUUGAGCGAGACAAGUUUGCGAUGAGGAUUGCGGAUAUGAAGCAGCAGUUGGAGGAGAUGCAGAAGCAUAGGAGGUACAGUGAGAUGGGGGCGUUCUUCCAGAGUAUUUCGAGUGGGGAUAGGCCAAGGGCUGGGCGACGAGAGCGGGUGAUGAGCUCGGUGGGCGUUGCGGGGUCAUCACCGCUGAGGAUGAGCUGGCACGGUGCACCGACCGGAGCCAACAGUGUUGCAUCUGUUCCUGAAGUUAAGUUCCCGUCGCCGGUAGAUGCCGCAAGGGUGGAGAAGACGCGACGAUGA